ACCAGAGAAUGAGGACUGAGAAGCUGAUCUUUGAUUUCAGGAGGAUUACACUGUUUGUACUUCUGCUGCUGCAGUUUACAAGAAUACACGGGAAUUCUUCCGACCAGAUUGUGAUAAGUGGAAGUGAAGUCACUUUACCUUGUAAACAUGCUGUAAAUCCUUAUCACGGAUGUGCUGGUACUACCUGGCUGUUUGAUCGAUCAAGGCCAAUAACACAGGACUCCCGGAUUCUGAAAAAUGAGGAUUCAAAAUCAGACAGAGUGAGACUUUUAGCAGAUUGCUCUCUGAACAUCAAAAACGUCAAUGUUCAGGAUGCUGGUCGUUACACCUGCAGACAUUUUGACAAAUCAGGACAAAAAGAUAAAGACAGUUUUCUCUCUGUUGUUACCUUGACUAAACAUUCCAUUGCUGAUAGGGUGACACUCAACUGUUCUUUGUGGUCUGAACGCUGCAGACACACAGUGAAGUGGGUCUACAAGGGCAAAGAUCUGGACAGAAAUCUAACAUAUCUGAAGGUGGCAAACGCUCCGUGCUCAAUAGCUGCACGUUUUCUGGAUAAUCCUCCUCAUUUUCCAUCCCAGUAUUAUCAUUUACUGAAGUGUAAAGUAAGAGAUACAAAUGGAAACAAGUUCAUCUUCCCAUAUGGGGCAUCAGGAGAUCUCAAAGUAACAACAAAAAUACAUCCCACUGCAACCACAAAUGUCAAUAAUCAAACACAACAACAAGAUUUUCCUCUUCUGUUGAGAAACAUCAUUGUGAGUGUGGGUUUAGCUGCACUCGUUAUAUCUGUGGUUACGGUCAACAUCUGGACGAGAAUUAAAAGGAACAAAACAAAAGCAGAGGGAAACACUGUCAAUAAUGAAGGAGUAAAUGAUGGUACUAUUAAUUAUGAAAACAUCAGAGAUCCUUGUGUCAGACUCAGCUGAUCGACUUCAACCACAGCCAAGAACUGACUCCUCUGAUGAAUAUUAUUGGUUUCAUUAUUGAUACAUAAACUGUAUGUUUUCGUUUGAGAUGGUAUU